UGGUAAGGGUGCCAUGGACGGAAUCGGUGGUUCCCUAAAGAGAACAGCGGAUUCGUUUGUGUUACAUGGCGGGGACCUUGUAUCUGCUGAGGACUUCGUCAAAUUAUUUGAAAAUAGUAAAGUUAAAGUAAUUAUUUUGAAACCUGAAGAAAUAGAGAAAAUAAAACACAAUUUGCCCUCGGACGUUAUUCAAGUUCCAAAUAUCUCAAAGCUACAUCAAAUAAAGUGGUGUAAAACAACAAAAAAAAUGUUCAAAAGAGAAUUGUCCUGCUGGACAUGCCCAGCUGAUUGUGUCCAUUUCCCCGAAUCGGCAAUAACCUAUAAAAUUAAUGAUGAAAAUGAUAUAGUCAAUGAAACUAAAGCCAAACUAAAUGUUGGUGACUGGGUUGCAGUGGUUUUUUCGGAUAAGUGGUAUCCAGGUGUAAUUGAAAAUAUUACUAAAAAUACAUUGCGCGUGUCAUUUAUGACAAUUUGUGGGAGAAAUAAGUUCUCGUGGCCUGAGAAAGAAGAUAUACAGGAUAUUGAAGUUCCGCAUAUCCUGUGCAAAAUUAGGAGUUGCCCAGAACCUGCCUCAACACGAUAUUUUAAACUUGAAGAACUUGAUUACCAAAAUGUUUUAAAUGCUUUUGUUGCCUUCAACUCUUAAAUAUGCUUGUAAAUUAAGUUUUUUUAAUGUAAUAAAAUUGAUUGGUUCUUA